ACAAUUACUAACGUGCAGUAUAUGUUUUUUCGCACAUUCUAAGAGGUUGAGUGAAAAAGUUUAUGCAAAUAUACUGCUCUUCCUUGUGGAAACAAUCCCCUAUGAUAUGAUCAGAUUUUUCCCGGAGCUUGAUAUUCCCUGUCCUUAAAAGGACAAAAUUCUCUCUGUCCUCCAGAAAUCCGCCUAGCCCAAACUAAAAUGCGACGCUAUGUUAUUUAUCAGCUGGGAGGGAGCUGCACAAUUGGCCUUCUCCCCAGGUUUCCUUAAGGCAGAAAACUCUAUUUGCAUCCCCGUACUAGUGAUGGGCAACCAUCAAGUUUCAAAGAAGCAUCUGGACUGCGGACCCAGUCAGUUACCUAACAGUGCGAGAAAUUUAUCGAAUUUAGGUAAAAGCAAAUGGCAACUAGCCCUCCAAGGUCGGCUCACGGGACUGGGAGAGAGUGAGGAAAGAACGCCCGGGGCAUUGCCCCGUCGGGCUGCUCGUACUAGGAAGCCCUGCAGCCCGGGAUUUUGUCCCUCCCAGAUUUCUGAGCCAACGUGCGGUCGCUCCGCACUGCAGCCCGAGCCAAUUGCAAAGGACCUAAACCAAGUCCAGCCCAGCGGAAGGAACGGUUUCAGAAUUGUUUGUUUCUUGCUCUUGCCCUUCCUUGCUCUUGUUUUUUAUUCUCUCUGGUGUUUGACGGAACAACUCCCCAGAAGCAAUUAUUGUGACUGGCAGAAGAAAACAACACAAAAGCUAGCGGCAACCGACAGGAUGAAAUUCUUUCUGCAGUGCCUCCUGCUUCUGCCCUUACUGAUCGUCUUCACCGUAGAGUCUCUACUGAAGCUUUUUAUUCCCAAGAAGAGAAAAUCAGUCACCGGAGAAAUUGUGUUGAUUACCGGAGCUGGGCAUGGAAUUGGGAGACUGACGGCCUAUGAAUUUGCCAAACUUAAAAGCAAACUGGUUCUGUGGGAUAUAAACAAGCAUGGAAUUGAGGAAACAGCUGCUGAAUGCAGGAGACUGGGUGCAAAGGCCCAUGCCUUUGUGGUAGACUGCAGUAACCGAGAAGAUAUUUACAGCUGCGCAAAGCAGGUGCAGGCAGAAAUUGGAGAUGUUAGUAUUUUAAUAAAUAAUGCUGGUGUAGUCUACACAUCGGAUUUGUUUGCUACACAAGACCCUCAGAUUGAAAAGACGUUUGAAGUUAAUGUGCUUGCACAUUUCUGGACUACAAAGGCGUUUCUUCCAGCAAUGAUGAAUAAUAAUCAUGGCCAUAUCGUCACUGUGGCUUCAGCAGCUGGGCAUACUGUGGUCCCCUUCCUACUGGCUUAUUGUUCAAGCAAGUUUGCUGCUGUUGGGUUUCAUAGAGCUCUGACUGCAGAACUGGCUGCCUUAGGAAAACCUGGAGUCAAGACGACGUGUCUCUGCCCUAAUUUCAUAAACACUGGCUUCAUCAAAAACCCACGUACCAGCCUGGGACCCACCCUGGAACCUGAGGAAGUAGUAAAUAGGCUGAUGAAUGGAAUCCUGACUGAGCAGAAAAUGAUUUUUGUUCCAUCUGUUAUAAGCCUUUUAACAGUGAUGGAAAGGAUCCUUCCUGAGCGUUUCCUGACAAUUUUAAAACAAAAGAUCAAUGUUAGGUUUGAUGCUGUUAUUGGAUAUAAAACUAAAGGACACUAAGUCCUACAUGGACUAUAUUCUACAUUUAGUUGAUGUCAAGUAACUGAGUCAAAAAUGCCUAUUUUCCAAAACAUCUCUAUUUCUGAAUAAUGUAACUUAGACUCUUCUCCAUACAUUAGCUCUAAAUAAUAAGUAGUAAAUAAAUCUAAUUUACCAGAUUUAAAUUGAUUUCUUCUAAUAUUAACCAGAAUUUUAGCAUUUGGACUUUGCUUUUCCUAGUUAUCUUUUUUUCUUCAAUAGCACCUUUUGAGGCCCUUGGCAGUCUUCACUUACUGCCAUUUGUUCUUUAGCUAAAGCUAAUUUUACAUAAUACACAGAGAAAUAUUUUAGGAACUAAUCUUAUAGAAAAUGGAGAAAAAGAACAAAAACAGGUUUACAAUAAUUUCCAAGAUUUUGUAGCACAUCUGAAGGCUUUGCAGAAUUUGUAUUCUAAAUGCUUAAGAUAUAUUAUUUUUAAUCACACUUAAAUUUUCUCUAAUUCACGUGUUUCCUUUUCUAUUCUACAUAAAAACAGAAACUUCAAGCUCUCUAUAAUAAAGGAUUUUAUCUUGUGGCGUUUCACAAUGAAUUUCAUGUAAUAUAAGAAAUACAGCUCAAACAUUUCAUCCUAUGCAUUACCACUCUAUUUCCUGAGAUACCUCACAUUCCAAUCCAAACAUUUCAGCACAAGGAAACUAGAGACGGAUAUGUAAUGCAAGUAUAAAAUGUAUCACUGGGAUUUGAGGCAGAAUUGGGAAAAUGUACCCCUAAGUGGCAACAAUAAUAAAUGAAUCAAACCUAAA